ACUCCCUCGCGUUCGCUGACGAGGAAGGUCCCCAUACUGCGAAGUACAUUGGCCUUGGGGUAGGGCUGGUGGGAUGGGCGCCUAUGUGAAUGUGACGGAGUGUGACACGAGGAAGGCUGGUGCCUUCGGAAUAUGAUGGCAAAUCACCUUGUAAAGCCUGACAAUAGAAAUUGCAAGAGGCCAAGAGAAUUGGAGUCUCCAGUGCCAGAUAGUCCACAGGUCUCCUCUCUUGGAAAAUCAGAUUCAUCUUUCUCUGAAAGUUCUGGACUGUUUUAUAAAGAUGAAGCCUUGGAGAAAGAUUUAAAUGAUGUGAGCAAGGAAAUUAAUCUAAUGUUGUCUACCUACGCAAAGCUUUUAAGUGAGAGAGCAGCAGUAGAUGCAUCUUACAUUGAUGAGAUAGAUGAACUCUUCAAAGAAGCCAAUACUAUUGAAAACUUUCUAAUACAAAAAAGAGAGUUCCUGCGACAGAGGUUUACAGUGAUUGCAAACACAUUACACAGAUAAAAUAUAUACUUGAAAUAAGCUGAUAAUUUAAAUCUAUUAUUGUUAUAAUGAAAGAAUGACAUUUAUGCUUUGAAAACUCUCGAGUUGUUAAAGAAAAUGUAUAUUUUGAAUAGAGAAGGGGAAACUCCUUGAAUUUCUAGAGUUAAAAGGGAACUUUAAAAUUCCUUAAUGUUAAUAUUAAUGUUCGUGUUAAUGUCCUAAACUGGACAUUAACAUGAACUACGUCACUUUUCUUUUGAGGGUCAAAUAUUUAGUGCAUUAUAAAAGUGUAAAUUAUUUAAAUCUCAUGUGGAUUCUUUUAUUUUUUCCUUAAACUUCUUAGUGUUUCUUAAACUUCUAAAACGGGAUUCAGUUAAUUUAUAAUGUUUAAUAACAUCAUACUUUUUCUUUUAGAAUAUUUUGUUUAAAUAUCAGAUAGUUUUGGAGAUAAUUUUGAAAAAUUUUUUUGUGGUCAAGUUUGUAAAAGAUUAAAACCUUAGAGGUGAUUUUUCCAGUUUCUUAGAAUAGAAUGACAUAACCGUGUGCUAUUUCCAUUUGAUUAUUUUCACUAUUAGUUAUUAUGUAUGACUAAUAGAAGCUCUUGGCUUAAAAUUAUUUUCUUGUGGUAAAAAUAGUGAAAUAAAAACCAGAAAUUACUCACCAAAA